AUGGACCGAUCAUCGCCGCUUCAUCUCGAAGAUGCGUAUUCGCCUACAGCCUCGCAGAAGGACACAAGGUAAGCGACCCCCAGGUGGGCUGAAUAUUGCCUAGUUGUCUUUGCCCGCUCACCAUCCUCAUUUCAGCAAUGAACUAGCUCAACAGCUAGACAACCUUCCAGUCGCUGCUGCUGCCGCCGCUGACGAAAACGCCAUCGUGGAGAACCCAUGGUGCCAACUGCGAGAAACGGUCCAGUCGACGGUUCUAGCCGUCCUCGGUUGCACACGCCGCCAACACCAGGACUGGUUCAAUGACAAGGACGCCGCCACCAGCAAUCUGCUCACCGAGAAGAACCGCCUAAACAAAGCCUACGCAGACAACCGCACUGACGACAACAAAACUGCUUUCUACCACAGUCGCCGCCACAUUCAGCAACGACUGUGCGAGAUGCAGAACGCCUGGACGGAUCGCAAAGCUGAGGAGAUCCAAGGAUACGCGGACCGCAACGAGUGGAAGAACUUCUUCUCCGCGAUUGAAGCUGUCUACGGUCCGCCGACGAAGGGCACAACUCCUCUCCUCAGCGCCGACGGCAAUACCUUACUCACUGAAAAGACAAAAAUUCUACAGCGUUCGACCGAACACUUCAGAGGCGUUCUCAAUCGUCCCUCCGCCAUCUCCGACGCCGCCAUCGCCCGUCUGCCGCAAGUAGAGACCAACACAGACCCCGACCUCCCACCCUCUCUCCAGGAAACCAUCAGGGCCGUGCAGGAGCUCUCCAGCGAGAAAGCGGUCGGAUCGGACACGACUCCUGCUGACGUUUACAGGCACGGCGGUCCGCAACUCACGGAUCACCUGACUGCGCUCUUCCAAGAGAUGUGGCGUAAAGGUGAAAUUCCGCAAGACUUCAAAGACGCAACAAUCGUGCAACUCUACAAUCGGAAAGCGAACCGCCCAGUCUGUGACAAUCACCGUGGCAUUUCUUUGUUGAACAUCGCGGGGAUGAUCUUCGCUCGCAUCCUCCUUAACUGCGCGAAUAAUCAUCUAGACCAGGGCCUACUACCAGGAAGUCACUGCGGUUUCCGUCGUCAUCGUGGGACCACGGAUAUGAUCUUCGCCGCCCGUCAACUUCAGGAGAAGUGCCAGGAGAUGCGGACCCACCUGUACUCUACCUUCGUGGACCCGACGAAAGCCUUAGACACGGUGAAUCGUGAAGAACUGUGGCAGAUCAUGCAGAAAUUCGACCAUCCGGAGCGAUUCAUCCAGACGAUGCGUCAGCUGCACGACGGUAUAAUGGCGCGAGUCACGGACAACGGUGCUGUCUCAUAG